AUGAACUUCUUCCUCCUCUUAACCUCCCUCGUCCUCGCCUCAAGCGUCCAGGCCAGACCCGCCGUCCUUGAUACUCCAGCGGCAAUGACACCCGACCUUACCUCAGGAGCUCUCCCCGAAGAUAUCACUACCUCAACCGUUGAUACUCCGGAGGUGCCCAACCUCGACACAACGUCAUCCGACGCUGGCUCCGGACUUUUGCCCGACUUUCCCUUCAAACGCCGCCAAACCUCUACUUCGUCAGGCUCAGUCACUGUCGGGGACAUUCUAUCAUCCAACUCUGCCUCCGGAGCUAUUUCCCAACGUCGUCAAACCUCUACUUCAUCAGGCUCAAUUAGCAUCGGAGAUAUUCUAUCAUCCAACUCUGCCUCCGGAUCUAUCGCCCAACGCCGCCAGACCUCCACUUCAUCAGGCUCAGCCACUGUUGGAGACAUUCUCUCAUCCAACUCUGCCUCCGGUGUUCUGCCCCAACGCCGCCAGAGCCCCGACGUGGACGUUGAUACAAACACGCCAUACGUCGUUACGCUGAGGUUGGAUUUUGGAGAUUUGUUCGAUGCUUGA